AUGGACUUUUCGUUGGGCGGGCUGGCACUGUUAGCAGGCUACCGCGCUACUUUGUGCAAGAGCGAAGACAGCGAGCAGUUUGACAGGGCCGCCAUCGCCUACGCAUACGCCGAAGCGGACCCCAUGUAUUUGGUCGACAGGACCCUUUACCGGCAGGCGGGACACGGAGUGUGCCAGACGGGGUCUGCUCUGACCAGCGACGUGGAUGACAGAGGGAGGGCCAUCGACCGCACCUUCGACGGAUCCGAUUUGCGGCGCCAUGACCACUUUUUCGAUCACAGGAAGACAGGCAUGCACGGCGGCCAUGCAGGCAUGCACUUCGGCAGCCCGGUUUUGGGGGAGCGGAAGGCCCCCAUCCACCACAACUGGCGCAAGAUCCAGGAGGCAAUCGGGACAUUGGGCGUGAUCCUCUUCUGCCUCCUCCUGGGCUCCGUGGCCGUUGUGGUGGCACCCUGGAGUCAGCAGAACGCCAACGCGCACCUCUCCAUCCUAACUGGCGCUCUGCAGGAUGGUGCCUUGCCUGGGACAUUCUCAAACCAGUCAGCGCAUGAGGGUAAGGUCCUCGGCCAGGCGCUGGCGCCGAUGAAGAAGACGCUGCCGGAUAACCUCGGCGUUGUGCUCCGCUCUUUCUCCGUGGUGGCGGUGGCGGAGCUAUUUGAUAAGACCUGGUUCGUGGCCCUGAUUUGUGCCAUGAACUACGGCAGAAGCCGCGCCUUCCUUGGCGCGUACGCGGCGCUCGUCGUACACGUGCUGCUGGCAGCGGUGCUGGGCGUUGCCAUCGCCCAGCUCUUUCCGGUGCAAGUGCUCUGCUUUACCACGGCGGCCGUCUUCUUGCUUCUGGCCCUAGCUUAUUUCAUCGACUUUUUUGGGGCAGGCAAAGAUGAUGACGUGAUCCAGGAGCGAACAGGUGAAGCACAAGAGGCAUUGCAGGGUGGAGAGGAGAAGAGAGCGCAACCUUGGGGAGACGUCAUCCUGCGCGUCUUCAUCGCGGUCUUCAUUGCCGAGUGGGGAGACAGGACGCAAGUGGCCAUGGUGUCCCUCCACUCCUCGGCUCCCUGGGUUCCCGUCUGCCUCGGAUCGAUGUUGGCCUUCCUGGUCCUCACGCUCAGCGCGGUGCUUGCGGCUUCACUGCUGGAAGGUACGAAGCUGAGCGAGAGGCUUGUGUCAGGGCUGAGUGCCUGUAGCUUCCUCUUGUUUGCCGUCUUAGCCGUUCGAGACGGCAUAUCGGCGAGCAGGUCAUAG